GAUAAACAAAAUGUAGUCUCAACAACACCCGUGAUAUUGGCGCAAGUUUAAUAAUUGAUUAAAACAAGUGUGCAAUUUAGUGAAUUCUUUGAGUUUACGGCCAUGGAACGUCUAGUAAAGGACAAGAUAUUGGAAUAUCAUCCUGAUACAUUGCAAUAUGUUAGGAAAACGUAUAAUUUGGAUCAGCCAGGAGCCAUGGACGAAGCGAUUGAUAUUCUCGACAUGUGGGUGCAAAAGCAAAAUCAUUUUGUCAAAAAAGAUUACAGUCGUGAUUAUCUAGAAAGAACUAUAAUAAGGUCAAAGGGUUCCGUAGAACGCGCAAAAGAACGUCUUGACAAACUCUGCACAUCAAGACCACAGAUACCAGAUUUCUUCAAAGAGUUUGAUGUUAGGACCUCACUUCUUAAGGAUAUGGAGAUCACGUUUUUGCCAAAAUUAACGAAAGAUCACUAUAGAGUUUAUUUUGCAAGAUGCGUUGGUAAUAAUUUCAAAUCGGAAACAUUCGAUGCCAUUUAUAAGCGGGUCAUUUACAUGUUAGAGUAUUUGUGUGCACACGAUUAUUCCUGUGGAUUGUUACUGGUUUUGGACUUUCAACAAAUGGAUCUAUUUGAAUACUUGAAACAUUUCAACAUAGUUAACAUGGCCCACCUAAUUAAUCUCAUGUUGAGCGGUUAUGGCUUCAGGAUAAAAGGUUUGCAUAUUAUAACAAACUCAAAGUUGAUAGAUUCACUAAUGGCAAUUUUCAAACAAGUAUUUAGUAAUAAAAUCGCCGGCCGUAUUCAAGUUUUCAGAAAUAUAGAAGACUUUUAUGAAAACUUCGACAGAAAUAUUUUACCAGAAGAAUAUUGUGGUCAAGAAAGAUCAAUUGUUAACCUAAAUCAACAAUGGAUGGACAUACUGGACUCAGAGGAUCAUACCAUAUAUAUGAAAAAUAUUAAGAAAGCCAUAACUAUUGAGGAACUAAGAAUUAAAGAUGGUAUUAGAAAUGAACACUUGGGUAUUCCUGGAACAUUUAGAAGUUUGAAUAUGGACUAGAACAACAAGUUAAUGAUUUUUAAGUAAUUCUGAUGCUGUAUAUCAAAUUAUGUUUGUGUUUCGAUAGUCACAGUCCUUUACAAAUUGAUAGUUAUGUUAAUUAAUUUUCGAAUAUAAAUUGUGGAUAUUUUUCUAUCCAUUUCCUAAUUAAGUUAAUUCACUAGUUAUUUUGAAUAAUAAUGCUUCACUAACAGAAUUGUAUUUUUUCUAAUUAAGUUUUACCAUAAUUUAUUUAGUCUGUUGUUUAGCAGAAUCUAAUAAUAAAAUAUAAGUAC